UAACUGGUAUAAAAGAGCAUUGCAUCCCUCUCUACCUCUCUCACACACGGUGUGUUUUCUGGAAAGAGGACAGAGAAACUAGGAAUUACAUUGUCUACCCUAUCUGCUUGUGCAGAAAUCAUUGGAAUUUCCAUUAAACAGCUCUUGGAACAACACUUUUAAAGAAGUCACAGCACUUCUGCCCAGAACCUAUCAUCAAGCCUGCCAACAUCACAUCAUCAGUAGCACUUGUUCUGCAACAUAUUCUCUCAGCCUUCAACAUCAUCGUCUGUCAUCAACACCAAACAGCAUCAUCACAGAUACCAUGAGCAGCCACUACAGCGUCACCCUCUUGACCCCUGCCCCCUGGGGAUUCAGGCUGCAGGGAGGAAAGGACUUCAACAUGCCCCUCACCAUUUCCAGGCUGACGGACGGUGGGAAGGCAGCUAAAGCUGGCAUAGCUGUCGGAGACUUGGUUCUUUCCAUUGACGGUAUCUCUACAGAUGGAAUGAACCACCUGGAGGCCCAGAACAAAAUCAAGAACUGCAGUGGCAACCUCAGCCUCACGUUGCAGAAGGACUUCAGUGGCCCUAAACCCCCUCCUGUGGCGACGAAGGGCGACAGAUCAGACAUCAUAAAACCCGUAGCCAUCACCCAUCCUCCUCCUCCACCCCAUUCCCAUCCUCACUUCUCUGUCCCCUAUAACAAGACCCCCAGACCUUACGGGGCCUGCACUUUAGAGAGCCAGUACUCUCUCACACAGUCACCUGUUGCCACCGUCAUCCCCUCCCCAUCCUCUGCCUUCACUCCCGCUUCGUUGCAAGCCAGCCCUCCUCCUCCUCCUCCUCCUCCUUGUCCAACUCCAGUCUCUUACCCCACUUCUACCUCCUCCUCCCCCCCUGUCCUGGUUCCACCUCAGCCAUCAGUGUAUAACACACCUAUCAACCUCUACUCCACUGAGAAUGCGUGUGAGGUGGCCAUGGGGCAGAGGCGGGGCCUGUUGGAGAGUCAGGGCGGAGCCUUGCCGCCUCCGUUUAAUGGAGUUCCAAGGAAACAUGUUGUGGAAACAGACAUCCAUUUUUACCACGUACCGACUCACGGUGACGCGAGCAGGAAGCGUAUAAUGGAAGACACAGAGGACUGGCGCCCCCGCACGGGCACCACGCAGUCGAAAUCUUUUAGGAUUCUGGCUCAGAUCACCGGCACCGACAAUGUUCAAACAGAGGAAACUGACACAGCCAAGAAGACAAAUGAGGAGCCUCAACUCAACACCCAUGAGUCUGCAGUUGUCAAGACUAUGAUUAAAGGACCUGCUUCAAACCACGGUCAGACUCCACGGACUGGUUUGAUCACCCCAUCUUUUGGGAUAAAAGGGAACGGUAUUGCUGAUGUCCCGAGGGGUCCCGUCCCUGUCCGACCCGCGCCCCAACCUCACCCUAAAGACGAGGACACCCUGGUCCAGAUGGCUGAACAUAUUCCUGCUGGGACUCGAACGCCCAUGUGUGGCAACUGCAACAUGGUCAUCAGAGGGCCAUUUUUGGUUGCAAUGGGGAAAUCGUGGCAUAAGGAGGAAUUUAACUGUGCCCACUGCCGUUCGUCCCUGUCAGAUACAGGCUUUGUGGAAGAAAAGGGAUCUGUGUACUGUGAACACUGCUAUGAGGACUUCCUCGCUCCAACAUGCAGCCGCUGCCAGGACAAAGUACUUGGGGAGGUGAUCAAUGCUCUUAAACAGACAUGGCAUGCCUACUGCUUCCUAUGUGCUGCCUGUCAGCAGCCGAUCAGAAACAACACCUUCCACCUGGAGGAUGGAGAGCCGUACUGUGAGCAAGACUUUUACAGUUUGUUCGGGACUGGAUGCCAUGGCUGUGAGUUCCCCGUUGAGGCUGGAGACAAAUUCCUGGAGGCGCUUGGUUACACUUGGCAUGACACCUGCUUUGCAUGUGCUGUGUGCUCUACCUCUCUGGAGAACCAGACCUUCUUUUCAAAGAAGGACAAACCCCUUUGCAAGAAACAUGCUCAUACGCUGAAGAUAUGAAGCUUGUACACUUCUCACACUUCUCUGGCCUCCUGUUCUCGAUCGUUGGAAGAGCACCUCUUACUGAUUUAGCACUUAGUUGAGAAUACAAGUGAAGCGAUAUUCAUGCCUUCAUAUUAGUUCCUAACAGAGGAAGCAAGAAUACUUGUUCUUGGUUUUGACCAAUUCCCUCCAGGGAAAAAACAGACUGAUUGAUUUUCCUUUACUGAAUUUAGUUCAGUUAGACACUCAUGCACAGCAAAUGGUUGUAUUUUAUUGUUAAGUCAUGUAAACCAAAAUACCAUAAUACUAUAUUUUCCAAUACACAAAGCUCUAUGAUCUUUAUAACUUAACCUUAGUCUAUGCCUAAAAUGCAUUAAUGGUUAGUUAACCUUCUUUUCUACUUUGUAAAAUUUCAAAUUAAUCAUCAUGACAAACAAUUCCAGAAAUGUGUUGAAAGAAAAUUAAAUAAAUCAAAAUAUUCAAUAUUUGAGCAAGAGGAAGGAUAUUAAUAAUUAAUUGCAGGCAUGUAGAGUACCCAGCAAAGUAUAUUAGGGGCCUUAAAACUUGGAAUUAAAAUAGUUUUAUUGGAUUACAGUCAUCAAAAAGAUAAAUGAGUAUGACACAGCUUGUCAACCAUCACAAGGGGACAGAAACACUUGUCUAAUACUCAAACCUGUCCCUAACAUGUCAGGAUGACUUUUCUUUUUCUUUUUUGUGCUACAAUUUUGAUAGUGAGCCCUGUUUAGUGGGGCUGCAGACAGUGAAGCCCUCAAGAAGCAGGUACAUACAGAGAUCCUGCAAGGCGUUGGUGCCUAAUAAAGUGACUUCUGAAGUUAAUGGGCAGCAUCAGAUCUUAAAGGCAGGGUAAGCAAUUUCUGGAUGACAUCCUGUCUAUUGAUAUUUGAAACAAGACAUCAACAAAACACAGAGAGCUCCACCUCCCUCUAGUACACCCCAACAAAGCACCUCCCAUCAUGACCUCUCCCGGGCUCUCCCUCCUCCCUUAAUUCAUGUGCACAAGCACAGACCCUGCUCCUGUUGGGGAUUGUCUGGAGCAGGGAUCCUCGUUUCCGGUCCUCGAGGGACAGUGUCCUGCAUGUUUUAGAUGUUUCCCUGCUUUAACACAACCUUUAACAGACCUUGAUUGCAAGCUGAUGAUGACCAUUAAUUAGAAUUAGGUGCAUAAAAGCUGGGGAACAUCUAAAACAAUGCAGGACACUGGCCCUCGAGGACCAGAAUAGGAUCCCUGGGAUAGAGCAACAUUUGUUGCCUAAUCUGUUUCUAGUUGACAGAACUGGUUUUAUAUUGUUUGGGGUUUUUUCUUUUUUACGGCAUACUCACUAGAUGGACAGCUAACAGAUGCUGGGUGGAUAUUCACUAAAUGUUACAAAAAAAUAGUUCUGGAUAUAAAUCACAUGGAUUUGCUCAUCCUGCCUUUAACGUUAUGCUUCAAAGCUGAGAUACUGAAUAAUUUUGUACUCUCCUUGCCAUGCUCUUCUUUUCUUUUCUCAUCACAUAUUGGCACAAUGUUGUGAAGAUCUGUUAGAAAGAACACAUUAUCUCUAAUUACAGGUGUUAACAGUUAAAAAUUGCUGUAAAAUUAAUAAAUGACCAGAGGAUUAUUUUUUCUUUUUUUUCAUUUUGUGCAAAACAUUGUAUAUUUGUUGCUAUUCCUAUUUGCAAAGCUGUGAUCACAUUUCAUUAUCUGACUAGUUGUGUCUGUGUAGCAAAACCAUUUCACAUAACAGGUAUUCAAAAUGCUAGAAUGUUCAUUCAAAUUUGCAGAAUGUAUUUUAAUUUUUAACUUUAAUGUC